CCCACUGCUUUGCGAGUGUCUGACAAGCAAACAAAAAUGUUUUGGAAACGUUUUCUUCCUUCCUAAGUGGGAAAAUGUCAGGAUCUACGUGUACACCCACCGGCGGAUGGCUAUCGCGGCGGAGGACGUCUGGCUGGAGAGCGUCAUCCCGAUCACGGAAGGGUUUACGGUGGAGGAAGUAAUACCUGAGAGUGACCUUCACGUCAUCGGCGCCGAUGUGACGGUCCGGAUCCGUUCGGAAGAGGAGCAGCUCAGGGUGCGACUGCCUUUCGGCUCCCACACGCGCGCGUUCCUGCGGGAGGUCAGCCGGUGCAGCCCAGCAGUUGGAUCUGAAGGCAUCAAACAGAAUGGAAAAAAGCUUGCAGUUAGUCAGAACUGGAGCCAUGACAGUACUGAUAAAACUCCUCCCAGGCAAAGCAAACUGAAAUCUGAAGUAACAAGUGAAAUGGUACGAUCUUCCAGCGUAAUGGUUUCAAACAAGGCAUCUAUCUUAUCAGAACCAAAGUUUGGACUAAGAGAUACUAUUGUUAAAUCUCAACUUGUACAAAGGGAGGAUUCCUACACGCACAUCCAGAACUUCAGAUUUUUUGUUGGGACAUAUAAUGUGAAUGGUCAGUCACCCAAGGAGAGCCUCUGGCCUUGGCUGAGAUGUGAUGCUGAGCCUCCAGAUAUUUACUGUGUGGGUUUCCAGGAGCUUGAUCUGAGUAAAGAAGCCUUCUUUUUCAAUGACACACCGAAGGAAGAAGAAUGGUUUAAAGCUGUAACUGAUAGUCUUCACCCAGAUGCCAAAUAUGCAAAGGUGAAACUUGUGCGGCUUGUGGGAAUAAUGCUUCUCUUAUAUGUGAAAGCAGACCUUGCCUUGAACAUCUCUGAGGUGGAAACUGAGACUGUGGGAACUGGAAUCAUGGGGAGAAUGGGUAACAAAGGUGGUGUUGCCAUAAGAUUUAAAUUCCAUAACACUAGCGUGUGCGUUGUGAAUUCUCACCUUGCAGCUCACACAGAGGAAUAUGAGCGGAGGAACCAGGACUUCAAAGACAUUUGCUCUCGGAUGCAGUUCUGCCAAUCAGAUCCAAAUCUGCCAUCUCUCACCAUUAGCAAACAUGAUGUGAUCAUAUGGUUGGGUGACCUCAACUACCGGCUGGAGGAACUGGAUGUGGCAAAAGUGAAGCAGCUCAUAGAUGAGAAGGCAUUUCUGGUGCUUUGCCAAUAUGACCAGCUAAAGAGGCAAAUGAAUGCAAAUGCAGUCUUUGAAGGCUUUACAGAAGGAGAGAUUUCCUUCCAGCCAACAUACAAAUAUGAUGCUGGCUGUGAUGACUGGGACACAAGUGAGAAGUGUCGUAUUCCAGCGUGGUGUGAUCGGAUACUCUGGAAAGGCCAGAACAUUACUCAACUGAGCUAUCGCAGCCAUAUGGCUUUGAAGAUCAGUGAUCAUAAGCCAGUUAGCUCUGUGUUUGAUAUUGGGGUAAAGGUUGUGAAUGAGGAGCUCUAUCGAAAAGCCUUUGAGGAAAUAGUGCGCUCCCUGGAUAAGAUGGAGAAUGCCAAUAUUCCCUCAGUGACCCUUUCCCGGAGAGAGUUUCAUUUUGUGGAUGUUAAAUACAUGCAGCUGCAAGUACAGAAGUUUACAAUUCGCAAUGGACAAGUGCCUUGCCAGUUUGAAUUCAUCAACAAACCAGAUGAGGAAACCUAUUGCAAGGAGUGGCUGACUGCUAAUCCCAGUAAAGGCUUUCUACUGUCAGAUUCUGAGGUCACAAUUGAGUUGGAGCUGUUUGUUAAUAAAUCAACAGCUACACACUUAAACUCUGGAGAAGAUAAACUUGAAGAUAUCUUGGUCUUGCAUCUUGACAGGGGGAAGGAUUAUUUUCUGUCUGUAACUGGAAACUACUUGCCGAGUUGCUUUGGGUCUCCCAUUCAUACACUGUGUUACAUGAGGGAACCGAUCCAGGACAUGUCAGCAGAGUCUAUUCGGGAACUCGUGAGUUAAAGAUAGAGCUUACCUUCUGAACCCACAGGAACCCUUAAAACUUGAUGGUUAAGUCCUGUUUAUUGCUAAAGAUCCUUCUUCCUCUUCCCUGGUCUGUAAUCUGAGAAUGCUGAUGCAGCUUGUGUUCUCCACUGCACCAUCUUCACACCUUGCUUUAAUUCUUCACAUGGAUGAAUCCACCUGUUUCGUAUAGAGCACUGAAAGUAAGAUCUUGUUUGCUCUACCUGCACAUUAAAAAAAGGUGUACAGCUUCUAAAUGCAGACCUUUGCCAUGAAGCCUUUGGUCUUCCCCCCACUGAAUGGAGAUGGGUGUAUAUGUGAGGCAUGAUGUAACAUUUCCCUAGAGCUGUGAGUACAUGAUGCAUGCUUAUGAGACCAGCUUUUUUCUUUCUGUUUUGGGCUUUUGAUACGAACAUGCCUGUAGUUCUAGUCUUGUAGGAAGACUGAGUGAAACUGCACAGUUUCCUAACCAGUCUUAAUUCUCAAGUGUAAGUUUUGUGAAGCGCUUUGCAGAGUUGAAUAAGAAGCUGAAUAUCUCC